AUGUCCACGUCGUCCCGCACAUCCCACCAGGGCACCCUCGCCGACCUCCUCCCCUCUCACUUCACCACCCAAAUAACCAGCUGGCUGGCCGAAGACACUCCGUCUUUUGACUACGGCGGCUUCGUCGUGGGAUCGGAACCCCGUAGUGCGCAGCUCCUCUGUAAGUCUGCCGGGGUACUCGCCGGGGUCCCUUUUUUCAACGAGGUAUUUCGGCAGCUCGAUUGUGCCGUGGAAUGGCAUUAUGACGAGGGAACAUAUCUCGACCCGGACAAGGCUGGGGGCAAGAUCAAGGUUGCCACCGUCAAGGGACCUACCAGGAAACUACUUUUAGGGGAAAGAGUCGCAUUGAACACACUCGCACGGUGCAGCGGCGUGGCUUCCAGGUCACGAAAGAUGCUCGAGCUGGUGCGCAGUGCUGGCUACCAGGGUAUCUUGGCCGGCACCCGCAAGACCACACCGGGGUUCCGACUCGUCGAGAAGUACGGCAUGCUAGUCGGCGGGAUCGACGGCCACCGCCACGACCUGUCGAGCAUGAUCAUGCUCAAGGACAAUCACAUCUGGGCGAAGGGGUCCAUCACCAACGCCGUCAAGGCGGCCCGCGCGGUGGGGGGCUUCGCGCUCAAGAUCGAGGUCGAGGUGCAGACCGAGGCAGAGGCGGACGAGGCCAUCGAAGCGGGCGCGGACGUGGUCAUGCUGGACAACUUUGACGGCGAGGGCUUGAAGGUCGCGGCGAGGAAUCUCAAGGAGAGAUGGAGGGCCCGCGGCCGAGCAGACGUGCUCCUGGAGAGCAGCGGCGGCCUGACCGAGGCCAACGUCAAGGGCUACAUCAAUAACGACAUCGACAUAAUAUCAACGAGCGCCGUCCACCAGGGCGUGCCGCAUAUAGAUUUCUCCCUGAAAAUCGACCAUUGA